AUGACAAUUGAAAAUCAAAAUUUAAUUGCAAUGAUAGAAUUACCACAUGAUAAUAUUAUGGAUGAUAAUAAUAGAUCUUCCAGAAACAAUGAAACUGAUGAAAUGCGAAGAUAUAUUGAAGAAUCUCGUGAAAUCAAUCCUCGUUUUUUAAGUCAAACAAUUGUUAAUGAUUCUUCAAAUAAUCUUAAUUCAAUAAUUGAUUAUGUUAAUGAACCAUUAUUAUCAUUAAUCGAUGCAUGUCAACCAUUAUUCAUUUUUAUUCCUAAUUUAUCAGAUUAUAUUGAAAUUGCACUUGAAAAAUCUAAAAUAAUCAAAGAUAAUCUUACACAAGAUGAAUCGGCAUCAAUAUAUCUUUAUACAAUGAAAUUAUUAGAAGAAUCAAAUAGUUUUUAUAUUUUAUUAAAUAAUAAACUUAAAAAUACAUUUAAUUCAAAUGAACUUCGUCCAUGGUAUAAAUAUUUGAAAUUAUUUCUAACAGCUCUAUCCAAACUUCCAUUUACAUCAUCACAAGUUGUUUGGCGUGGUAUUAAAAGAAAUAUAAGUGAUGAAUUUCGUGAAGGUUCACAUAUACUUUGGUGGAGUUUUUCAUCAUGUACAAGUUCACUUCAAUUACUUCAAUCUGAUAUUUAUUUGGGCAAUGUUGAUCAAAGAACAUUAAUUUCUAUUGAAACAAUUAAUGGAAAAUUUAUUCAACAACAUUCACAAUUUAAUAAAGAAGAAGAAAUUCUUCUUUUACCUGGAACAUAUAUGAAAGUUCAAUCAAAACUUAAUCCAUCACCAAAUCUUUAUAUUAUUCAUUUAAAACAAAUUAUUCCUCAACAAAAUAUUCUUCUUCCUCCAUUUCAAGGUGCUGUGAUUUAUCCAAGAAUACAAACAAGAAAAUGGUAUCAAAGAAAAACAUUUUUAAUUUCUUUAACUGUAUUAAUUAUUAUUUGUAUCAUUGCAAUUAUUCUUGGCAUAGUAUUUCGUACAAGAAAACAUUCUUCUACUAAAAAAUAA